AGGUUAUAUAGCAGCGAACAUUGGGUUUUUCCCAGAAUAGUUGUGAUUCAGAGAAUAGGAACGGGACAUCCCCGGAUAUAGUAUCUAGCGAAUCAGCCAGUGUUUACCUUACCUCGUUUGCAAGUAAAGAUUUUUCUUGCCCUGAACAUGAACGCUGCAUUUCAGUCUAUGAACCCCAGUCACGAACAUAACAACUACGAGCUCUACACCAGAACCGCUAUGCCAGUGCCGGUAGCAGAGGAUUCAGACAGAGAUUCUAAUAUUUCAAGUGAAGACACCGCAAGCUUUUCAGAAUUUUCAAAUCCACAAACACCGCCGCUGAAAGGACCAGCUGAUGGCGUGAAACAAGAGCUUCGUAACGCAAUCAAGUGCCGAAGAGUCGCCAAAGGACUCGAAGAAAUGCCUCAUUUAGACGCUAAAAGGCCUAAAGUUGAAGAGCUAUCUCCUGCGGAAUUAGAAAAAAGAAGGAUACGACGCGAACGAAAUAAAUUAGCCGCUUUCAAAUGCAGACAGCGACGGAAAGAACACAUUCAAGAGCUUGAAAUAGAAUCUGAAGGAAUUGAAGACUCUAAUAGGGAACUUGAAAGAGAAAUAUCUGAGCUUCAUGAGCAAAGACAACAGCUGGAAGAAAUGUUGAAAACACAUUCAUGCAAGCUAUCUAAUAACAACGGUGGCUCCAGAACUAAAUCAGACUCCUGUGCCUCUGCCGCUGCCAAAUCGAACUCUGGAAGCCCAACUACCCCAACAGGACCUAUUAAGGCAUAAAUAGUGACAAGAUGGAUUCAUAAUGCUGUGGUAGAAAUCAGCAUGCACUGGAAGUAUCCAAUCCUAUGAUAACAGUAUCAGAAAAACCAGCUAUGCUUUUUGCUUCUGCAGGAAGAAUAUAUAAAAACAUACUGCACAACUACUUAUUUGUUAGUUUUGGAGGGUUGCAGUCUCAAAACUGGAUCUCGGGUAGGCAGAAGGGGCCAGUACCAUCCUUUUUCCUAAUAGUAUACUUAAAAAUAGGAAAACAAUAUAUUUUUUUAUGUGGUGAUUUGUUGAGUGAAAACUGAAGAAAUUUUUGAAAAAAAGAUUCAUUUUAGUUUUUUUCUAAAUCAUAAGGAACAUGUCACUUGAGGUGACCUAUUUUAUUUAUAAUAGAUCUUACAAAAACAAUUGCUUGGGGUUUGGAUUUUUUUGCUUGCUUUAUCUUAUCUAUAAGAUUAUUACGAGUAGAGUUCACUAGCCCAAGAAAGUAUAACUAUUUAUUAUAACAAAUUACAAGGCUAGGUUGUACACAAGGCUUUGCUGGUUGAAGCCUCCAGAUAGAUAGAUCUGUUUUUUGAUGUACUAGGCCGUUAAAUGAGAGAUAUAUGUAUAGUUAAUUUAUGUAAAUUAUGAAUCAUUAGAUAGGAAAAAAGUGCAUCAAGUGAAAAACAUGCAUAGUUAUCUGUGUGUAUGCAUUACAUAUUGAACUGCAAAAAUGCAGAAUAAAAUGUGACGGUAAAAAGAA